CUCCGCCCUCACUCAUACGUGCUGACGUCAUCACGAGCAAAGGAACCACGCGCGCGGUGAAGUGAAGUGUCAAGCCGAAGACCACGAAGCCAGCACAGGUGCAGUCAUCAUGUCCAACACAGGCCCCAUGCGCUUCAUCCUCAAUGCCCCCCAACCCUCCACGCCAGUCCUAGUGGGCGUAAAAGUGCUGCUGUGCAUCGUCCCCAUCGCUCAGAUCGCCGUAGGUGCGGCGCACCUGGACGAUUGCCCCCGCCAGCACCUCAUCCCCGUCUACCUGAUCAUCGCUGGUCUCUUCUUUGCAAUGCUAGUGCUGAUGGUUUGCCUGCCAUGUGCACGCCAGCCGGAAAACGAGCCACCGAACCCCCUGUGCCUAUUCUGCCUGGGCUGGACGGCGCUCACGGCGUUGUUCCUCGUCGCCUGGUUCAUCGCCGGUAACGUGUGGAUCUACUCCAUUUACGAGCCCAACUACUACAAGAACGUGACAAAUCCGGAGCCCUACUGUGACAAGACGCUCUACCUCUUCGCCUUCUGGACCACAACACUGGUUUACAUCCUGGUCAUUCUGGGGGUGGGGAUCGGCUUUCUCGUCCUGUUCUGUCUUUACUUGUGUGGCCACGCGGACCCUGAUGACGACUACAUCUAGAAAGACCUUCCACCAAACGCGCGGGUGCCAGGGCAUCAUGACAUCAUGGUCGCUGUAUGAACUCCUUAAGUCGAAGCAUUAAGGGCAGCCGCUUACUAGCUUUAGUCAUACAUGUAUCGACAUGAAAAUGUCAUAUUAUGACCAAUAUCAGUUAUUAUUAUCACAGUAUUGUUGAAUGUGCUUGAAAAGUGCUCAUAAACACACUGAAAUAUUUUAA